AUGUCGGAAAGAGUCCAGGACAAGUCUGGAAAACAAAUCAACGAAGGAGACUACGUGUAUACAAAGUAUCGUGGAGGAUCCCACGAAGGAGAAGUUGACAAGGUCGUCACAGACGAUGCCGGAGCACAUGAAGAAGAGGUAGCCAACCCACCCAAAAUGACUCAAGCCUGGGGUACUGUUACAGUGCUUUGGUUCCCCCACUCGGAGUUAGUGGCAGAGCAUAAACGUUGUCUUUGUUUCCCGAUAGCUCUCGGAUGGCCCGCGGACUGGGUGACCGGCCAUACGAAGACUGCGACUGGAUCUUGGCCCUCUCCAGGUCAAGACCGCAAUUCAAUGACGAAGGAAUACGAGGCACGCUUCGCUGGCUAUAUCCAUCAGCAUUUUCUUUCCUCGGGAAGCACAUUCACCCUGGGUCCACUUCUCAACUCUCCAUCGUGCACACUGAACCUGCAUAACAUGCGGCUGUCUGCCCUAACUAGACGUCUCCUUUAUGGAGUGUUCUUGAGCCCCGUAUGUCUCUGCAUUUCAAUUCCCCAACAGCCCUCCCAUGUGCCAAUCUCGGACCAUGAUCUUGUUUCAGUUUUAUCGAAUGCGGUCAAAGAUCCCAUGGUGGAUAGGAGAGUAUCAUCUGUGGCUUCGGAUAUUAUGUUAGGUCUUGCAACAAACGAAAAUUUGCAACAUCCCGGAAAUGAGCAGUUGCAAGCGGCAUUGAAAAAGAUCGAGGCCAUAUUCACCAAGAAGAGCAGCUCGACAAUGCUGGAUCUUGCAAAAGACAUAGUGGCCUCCGGCCUAGUUCCUCCCAAGAUCCUCGCCUUUUUGAAUGGUUAUCUCGACGCCAAAAUCAACUCGGCUCAUAACCUAAACCCUGACCUCAAAAGCGGGAGUAUAUACCCGUCUAAAGCAACCGAAGAUGCACCGUAUUCCAUCCCAGAGGCAGCUCUUAGAGAGGCUAUCCACAUGCCAAAUCUCUUUUCAGGGGAAAGCAACAGUGGUAGGAAGCCAGUGAUUUUGGUUCCAGGAACAGCCGCACCUGCUGGAACGUCUUUUUAUUAUAAUUUUGGGAAGUUGGGCAACGCUAUCCCGGAGAUUGAUGUGUCUUGGGUCAAUAUCCCCCAGGCCUCGUUGGGAGAUGUCCAGGUUACCGCCGAAUACAUCGCUUAUUCCAUUAACUACAUAUCCAGUCUCUACCGGUCCAAGGUUAACGUCAUCUCUUGGUCCCAGGGCGGAUUAAACACACAGUGGGCCCUCAAGUAUUGGCCAUCCACCCGGGACUCAGUGGAGGAUUUCAUUGCAAUAAGCCCGGAUUUCCGAGGGACUAUUGAAACCAGGCUGGUGUGCCCCUGGCUUGCGGGGAUAAUGUGCACCCCCGCACUGUGGCAGCAGGGAUGGGACGCUAAGUUCGUUCGCACCCUGAGAGGAUUCGGGGGUGAGUCGGCGUAUGUUCACACAACGACCAUCUAUUCUUCCUUUGACGAAAUUGUGCAGCCGAUGUAUGGAGACCAGGCAUCCGCGAUCCUCCAGGAUGCACGUGGAGUUGGUGUGUCCAAUAAUCACCUACAGUCCAUUUGUGCCCACGAGCCCGCAGGGGGAAUGUACACGCAUAGAGGUGUGCUAUACAACCCACUUGCAUGGGCGCUUACCAUCGACGCGCUAACUCAUGAUGGGCCCGGAAGACCUUCGCGAGUCAACGUCACCACGGUGUGUCAGCAAUCAAUUCCCCCACAGCUCGGUCUGGACGACUUGCUAGGCACAGAAGGACUUUUACUAGUAUCUCUGUCGAAAACCCUGAGGUAUAGGCCGAAGACAUUCGCGGAACCCGAUAUCUUAGGCUAUGCCGCUUCAGCGCCCGGAGUAGGGGGUGAAAUUUGGGACUUGAAGGAUGAGCAGUUUUAA